AUGUCCCUUAUGGAGAUUAUCGCUCAGAAUCUUGUGCACUUUCAUCUUUGGACGAGCAUUCAGACAUUCCCAAAGUCUUCAGCGAAGGGAACCCCUCACGGAGUCGUAAGAGGUGUUCCCCCCAAAAAACUUUCAGAAACAACCAGCAUAUCAUCAACUGGUGAAACGGAAAGUUCAACAACAGAUAAGCCAGACGGAGAUACCUCAGAGGAAUGGGUAUUACCAUUGAGUAUAAGCGACAAAUUAACGGUGGAAAAUAUUGAGCAAAUAUUUGAAAGCAUACGAAGCGUUGGCUCCUACAGGCCGAAGAGGAUCAUAGCUGGACUGCUUGAUGAUGAUGGCUCAGUGGUUUAUUAUUUUAUACAUGACGGCCUGGUCAAGCCCAGGAGCUGA